AUGGACCUAUCUCUAACGCUGCCUAGCUUCCCAAUCAAGCAAUACGCUCACAUACUACCACUGCUCGAAAAGGCUGGUAUCUCAGUCAAAGAACUAUUGCUCUUUGAUGCCCUCGAGGUUGCAAAGGCCUCUCGCGCUCCUGUCACCGAUAUUCGACAUUUGACAACCCAUGUUCUCGAGGCUCUUCGCCAGGAUUUCGGACUGGGAGCUGGGUCACAGAAAGACAAGAAUAAUGAGGCUUGCCAGGUGACGUCGGGACGUGAUGAUAAUAGCAGUGCUAGCCGAGAAAGAGAUCACCUUUUGGUGGCCGAGGAUGAAACAUUUAGAGUCCCACGCCCACCUUUGUUAAGGCGAAUAAGCACUCUAGACCCAAUACUCGAUUCUGCUCUUGCUGGGGGCAUAUCGACGGGAUAUCUAACAGAGGUGACCGGAGAAAGUGGCGCCGGCAAGACUCAAUUUCUACUUCAUUUGCUUCUCUCAGUCCAGCUUCCCGCACCUCAUGGAUUGUCCAAAAAUGCACUAUAUAUAUCAACUGAAUCAGACCUCGCCACAAACAGACUGAGUCAGCUGUUGAACGAACACACGGUUCUCCAGUCCCUUCAUCCUGAUAUCCCUCGCCCUUCAUUAGAUAAUGUUUUCUCCGUCACUACUGUCGAUCUUGAGACCCAAGAACAUAUCAUUAACUAUCAGGUCCCGGUGGCGAUUUCACGUUUUGAUAUAGGCCUUGUGGUGAUUGAUUCGAUAACGGCAAAUUACCGUGCCGAAAGCUCUACAGAAAGUGUAUCUGGGUUACUAGAGCGGUCAUGGCAGUUGAAAAAGCUGGGUCACUUCCUUCGUGCCUUGGCUGUAAGGCACAGCAUUGCCAUAGUUGUGGCUAAUCAAAUAUCUGAUGGCUUUGAAAGUACACUUAAUGAUUCCUUUCCAGAAGAGCUUCGUGAUGACUCUGCUAGCCCGUUAGAAAAUCUUUCUCCUACUGCUACUUCCUCGUUUAUCCUUGCAUCCCAGCCCUACCAACAGCCGAAAGCGGUAGGAAAUAAGUUGGUGCAGGGAUGCAAUUCUCCGCAAGUAGAGCAAGGUUUCCAUGACGACGAAGAAAUUCAUACAUGCAAAAUCCAGGACUUCAAUACGCUUCUAAGCCUUGAGUACCAACAACCAUUUUUCACUGGAUGGGGGCAAGCUCCCCAUUCGUACCUUAGGGAUGGCUCGUUUGGAGUUCCAAGAGGACUUAAACUUCCCGCAUUGGGACUCAUAUGGACUAAUCAGAUUGGCUGCCGCAUAGUCUUGAAAUCAAAGAGCGUAUUCCAGCCACAAGACAUUAACGGUUUGACAUUAAUCAGCCAAAAUUCGAAUAGUAAUACCCAAAAUUCUAACAAGAAAAUAUCCAACAACGUUAAAGAUUUUGGCGAAAACGAUGCAACUAUACAUAAUGACCGAAGCAGCCCUGGCCAUGACAAAAGCGCAGAGACUCGGAGAACUACCGAAAGUGACUCGACAUUACAAUCACAAUCAUCACAAUUUUCGCAGGAAAGUUUUGAUACCUUGGGAGAUGAGAUUCGGAGCGAAUAUACUUCUAUACCUACCACACAUCAUCGAGGACGAUUGCGGCAGAUGCAGGUGGUAUUCUCAUCAUGGACUUCAGGAAACCCAAAGCGAAGCACGCAGUAUGAUGACGAGGAUAGCAAGAAUCAUCAUGAACAGUGCGGUAUAUCUAAGGAAGCAAUAUUUGAUCCAAUGUAUGAUUCAGUGGAGUUUGAAAUUCUACCCCAGGGGCUACGAGGCUUGGACAACAAUAAGGCGCAUCCCAAUAGUUUGUAG